CUGUCCUUUCUUUUCCGUCACAUUUCCUUGGCGAGUGUGGCAAUUUUUGCUCCAAGGAAAUUGCAUGUGAAUAUUGUUUCCUAGUAAUAAAGAUUAAUUAGUAAAACAUUAAUUUUCAUCUGAUUUCUGAAUGCUGCAUUAAAAUUUGUGAUUAUCUCUCUUUAAUAAGUCAUGGCAGACGAAGUGUUGAAUGAAAUUCCAACAAUAAACCCAACAAUUCCGAGUGCGUCAUCCCCUGAGGCUGAAAUAUUAGCAGAAUUAAAAAAGGAAGAGGCCAACAAAUUCUAUGCCACAAAGGAGUAUAAAAAAGCUUUAGUCGGAUACAGUGAAGCUAUUGAAUUAUGCCCCAAUGUAUCAAGAUAUUAUAGCAAUCGAUCAGCAUGUUAUAUGAUGUUGAGUCUCUAUCGAGAUGCUUUAAAAGAUGCCCAAAAAUCGGUGGAAUUAGACCCAAUGUUUGUAAAGGCACAUUUUCGUAUAGUGAAAUGCAGUAUAGUGCUCGGUGAUAUUGUGAACGCCGAAACAACAAUAAAUAAAUUAAAGGAACUAGAUCCAUUAAAUUCAUCAUUUACAACUGAAUUAAGAGAAAUUGAUCACUUACGAAGAUUCAUCGUUGAAUCGGAAGCAGCUUAUGCAGCAAAAGAUUUUCGAAAAGUCGUUUAUUGUAUGGAUCGUUGUUGUGACGUGAGUCCACAAUGCGCAAGAUUUAAAUUAGCAAAAGCGGAAUGUUUAACAUUUUUAGGAAGGUAUCAAGAGGCACAAGAUAUUGCAAAUGAUGUUUUAAUUAUUGACAAACAAAAUGUUGAGGCAAUUUAUGUUCGUGGUAUGUGUUUAUAUUAUCAAGACAAUAUCGAUAAGGCAUUCACUCACUUUCAACAAGUACUUCGUCUAGCACCAGAUCAUGGCAAAGCUCUAGAAAUAUACAAGAAAGCAAAAUCUUUGAAGCUAAAGAAGGAGGAGGGAAACACAGCGUUCAAGGAAAAUCGUUAUGCAGAAGCUUAUAAUCUCUAUACCCAGGCAUUAUUAUUAGAUCCACAAAAUGUGUUAACAAAUGCAAAAUUACAUUUUAAUAAGGCAACAGUUGCCGCUAAGCUUGGCAGGUUGAACGAAUCAGUAACAGAAUGUACAGAAGCUCUCAGGCUAGAUGAAAAUUAUUUAAAAGCUUUACUCAGAAGAGCACAAUGUUACAUGGACCUCCAGGAAUUCGAAGAGGCUGUACGAGAUUAUGAGAAAGCAUACAAAAUGAGCAAAACUCGAAAUAACAAACGAUUACUCACAGAGGCUAAACUCGCGUUGAAAAAAUCCCAAAGGAAAGAUUAUUACAAAAUUCUCGGAAUUGACAAAAAUGCAUCAACAGACGAUAUCAAGAAAGCUUAUCGAAAAAGAGCGAUGGUCCACCAUCCAGAUCGUCAUGCAAAUGCUUCUGACAGAGAGAAGAAGGAACAAGAGAAGAAAUUCAAAGAAGUAGGCGAGGCUUAUGGAAUUCUUUCUGAUCCGAAAAAACGAUCUCGUUACGAUAAUGGUCAUGACAUCAAUGAGGAUAUAGAAGAUAUGGAUCAAAAUGCGAUGUUCCACGCUUUCUUCUCGCAAAAUGCAGGAACAUUCCCUGGAGGAUUUGUUUAUCAAUUCGUUUAGGAACUUAACAAAAAAAAUUUCCGGCGAGAGAAUCGCAUUUUCAAUCAGUGUGUGUGUACCAAUAAUUCAUCCAACAAAUUUUAUUUCGCCACUAAUGCGAAAUGCAUAACGAGACGUUCGCGCACGUCUUAACACUACUUUUUAAACUGAUAAAAGACUUCUUAAUUAUAAUGAUGAGGAUGAUAAUAAUAAUAAAUUCAAUUAAUGCUGAUCGUAGAAAAAAAUGUAGCGUUAAGACAAGCAAAAUUUAUACAAUUUAGAAUAUAUUACUCCUAGAGUAACAAAAAAAAACAAAACAAAAAAAGCAAAAAAAAAAUAUAAAGGAUUGUUUUAUGAUAAACAAGUCCUUAACUCUUUCAACUUACACUCUUAAUCUACAUAUUUACAGAGUGUCUAGCAUUUAACAAAAAAAGUCAGAAAGAUGAAGGAAGUUGUUUAUACAAAGCAACAAGAUUUUUUUUUUCCAUUAAUUUAGAGAAUUUAUUUUCUUUCGAAAGUCGAAAUUGUUCGAUAUUUUGAAUUGUUUAUGAGUUACCUUAUGUAUUUAGUGUAUUUUUUUGCGUUUUGUAUUAUUUAUAGAAUUAUAUGUAUAUGAAUCAGUUAUUAUAAAAAAAAAUAAUCAAUGAAGAUUGAAAACUAUAGACUUCGCUAGACACCCUGCUUUGUUAAACAUGUGUUCAUUUAACAUAGAAUUUUAUUCAAUUACUGCAAAACAUUCAGAUAUUGUGUAUAACUUAACUCAAGCAUCAAAUAAACCGUUUAAACUACCGAAA